AAGACGAUCCUCAAGUGUUGGUGUUGGAAUUAGUGAUGAAUUUAGUUACUUGUAGUUCUAUAAAAUAAAAUUGAUUGGUUUAUGAUAAAGAUUAGACAUACACGCUUUGUGUGCUCUAAAACGCACACAAUAAACUUACCAGUGAGGAUAGCUUAUAAUGAUGCUUGAAUCAUUGAUAUUCUUUUAUAUCAGUAAUGUAAACCUUAGGUAAUGAUAGCCAAUAAUAGCACAAAUAAGCCUAAAGCUUUAAAAGGCUUUAAAGAAUCUGAAAGCAUUAAAUUACUGGUUAGUGAAGACAAGACAGGACCUGUAGAAAAGGGGGAAGGUGAUAAGGAUAGGCACCUUGGUGACAGUCAGAGCAAAGGCUCCUUUUCAAGCAGUGUAGUGUAUUCAAGAGAUAGAACUGUUAAGCCUCGCUCUAGGAAUAGAGAUGAAUUUAGAACAGUUCGAGGUACAACAGAAAGGAGAGGUAGCGGUACAAGAGGUCGGGGAGCUCACAGGAAAAUUGAUAAAGACGGAGAAGUUUUCGUUUCUCGCGGAAAAUUUCAAGAAUCGAUGAAAGGAAGAUCUAAUGAUGGAGUUAUGACUAUAUCUUCUAGCAAAUAUGAUAUUGAAGGAGGGAAAUCCAAGUCUGCUGACUAUGGAAGCUACGGGGGCUACAUUGGGAUACCAGACGACUCAAGAAUGUCAAAGUUACCUGAAGACUCCAGAAUAUCAAAAGUGCUAAGACGAAUGUCAAGGGAAGUAGAUAUCCCGAAUUUCACCCUUCAGUGUAACCAGUUACAGGAAGCAAUAGUGUCUGUGGACAAUGCCAGAUACAUACGUAGAGCGUUGGACCUCAUCUGUGAUUCUUUGCUGGACAUGUUACACAGCGCACCCGGCGGCCCUGUGGAAAAGCUUCAUGUGGCCAAGUGCCUCGGUCGACUUGGCUAUACUCUUGAACAGGAUUUUAAACGGUUCAUGGACUGGAUAUUUUACACUUACACAAGAGAACGCAAUGAUGAAGUUAGAGCACUGCUUCUACAAGGAGUUUUAGAGACUGUACGAUUGGAAAGAGAACAGCCAAGGUUGAAGGAAUCAGCUUCGGCCCUGAUGAAUAAUCUACAUGCAACUUUGGAGGCUGUGGAUAAGCCUCAACUCCUCAUCGUUGCCGCAGAAGUUAUUUUAGAUCUUGCAUCCAUCUAUCCUGAUUUGUUUACUAAAUAUUACAAAGACACAGUUGACAUCCUGGUAGGUUGGCACAUAGACCUGACCACUCCGACCAAUGUAGUCAGUUUUGCCAACCUGUGUCUACAGCGCCUGGCCCCGUACUGGGUGGCUGACAUUGACUUUUCUCUUCUCAUGCUGGGCCACUUUGUAGAAGACAGUGAGGGCUAUUUAGACAACUCCAUCGAAUCAGAAUCAUCCCCCAGCGACGACUCGGCUAGCGGCUUUACUCAAGAGCAGAAAAUUAUCAAGAUUACUGCAUUUAUCAAAGUGUUCAACGCUGUCAUGAAAAGCCUCGGACAACAUCUUAGUCCAUCGGUGACCCCAGAUGUGACAUGGAACUUCCUCUACGACUGUCUGGCGCGCAUACUGUCCAUUCUGCUCAAGAUGGCACACUUUGAGGAAAUGGAGCUGUUCGUCACAGGUAAUGAAUGCACCUGGCUGUUGUUGAACCUGCUCCAGAACAAGACCUGUCCUGCACAUGACGACCUCUACCAGCUCAUAUACUCUGAGAUAGAACUGAUGGACAAGAUGAACAAUGUUACACUGUCCUCCCUGCUACAGCUGGUUGCUAAAGUUAUCAAGGAGUUGAGUGCCAACUUACCGCUGGAGUUGGUGCAGCGUAUACUGCAGCCUGGCUCACUGUUCCUAGAGCUGCGACUGUCGUCAUGCAGCACUGUACACCAGGGCAUCGUAGCCGUUUACCACAGCCUGCUCAGCUUGAAGAACAUCCCUCUACUCAAAGAGGUCUACAGACUAAUCAUGGCGGACCUGGAUUGUGCUUUCCGUGUGAUUCUUACAAACCUGGAGCCUCUGUGUGGCGCGCAGGAAGUCUGUGAAAAUUUCACCCACGACGCAGCUGAUUGCGAGAACAUAAUCUGUUUCCACCUGAAGGCACUCUCAAACAUUGCCAAUGCCAGCAACUCCCUGAUAGGCAUGUGGUUGCUUCAACCGAGCAUUCUUGAUCUGCUAGCUACUCGACUGAUCCCCCAGUCCAUCGGCCGAGUCAGUCCUCCUGUGCUAUAUGCCGAGCUGUACCUCUUGUACUCUCACUGUUCAAGACACAGCCACUUCAUCACCACUAGUAGCCUUGUUGGAGGAUCUCACGGCCGUCCUACAGUAAACAGUCUACUGUCUCAGCCUUCCCCUAACUCUGGACACUUCUCUGUCAUAUUGACACUGCUCUCUGAUAUUGUAGCUAAGGAGCUGUGCGAAGAGAGUAUGCUGCUUGUGAUGGCUUGGUGUUGUGAACUGUUAGGCCAGUCUCGUCCAUACUUCUCUACACUAGUCUCUACCAAGGAGAUGAUAGGUCUAGUGCUGGCCUUGUGUACUGUGGCCAACCUGUCAUUCUCACACUCUGUACUGUUGGCCACCUGCACAUGUCUGGAGCAGCUACUCAUUGCACCCUACACACUCUACUGGAAUAAACAUGUUUUGGAGCAGUUGGCUGAUGUGUGCCUGCUACACGCAAACUCUAGCUAUCCUGCUGUAGCUGCUAGAUACUCAGCUCUUCUGUUGAGACUCCCCUGGACUAUAGUCAUACCCAGUCUAGCUCAAGGAGUGCCUAAACUGAAAAGUGGAAGAGUAAGGCUGGACAGAGCGCAGCACACAUUGAUUACACAGGACACCACGACAGGAGAUAUGAAUCCUCACAACUUCAAGGUGUACAUGGCUUAUCUGCUGAAAGGAGUCAAGGUGGGAUCCCUGGAGUGGCUACAGGACAUGUUUACCAGCUGCUGGUCACUGAGUCAGUGUGAACCUCACGACUAUGACAGUGUGAGAGAGUUGUCACUGACCUCCACUACUGUGUUGCUACAGUGGGCCACAUGGGGCGCUGCGCAACUCUGUGUACACAACAAGCUACGCACUCCACUCGGCAAACCACUUGACACCUUCAUGGCGUUUGAAGGUGCGAUAAAAUCCCUUGCAAGGCAGACAAUUGGGUCAUCCAAAGCUGAUUCCGCCGAAGAGUUUGAUGUCAGUAGAGUCCGACUACUGCUGGAGCUUGUUGAACAACUUGAGAAAGCCAUGUACAACGCUUCUGACGGUACUGCUACUGCUCUUGUACCUGCUACUAAGCCUGUGCGCACAUUCUUCCACACCAACAAGAGUACGUGCUGUGAGUGGUUGAGUCGCAACCGCAACGCUGUCGUAGGUGUGGCUCUACACGCAGGCAUGGCCAGUGCGGCUGUGAGGCACGGACACGCCUUGCUGCAGGACCUGCUGGACCUCGGCAACACCAAGGGUCCAGAGUUUGAGAGCGCAGUUUUGCAAACAGCUUGGGCUCUGUUACAACUGAAGCAGUCCAAGGCUAUUCAUGGACUGUACGUGUGGUGUCGCGACAUCAUCGGUCUCACACUGCCGUACCUCAAGGCUUUGGCUGACGAAGCUGCUGGGAAAAUGGAAACUGCUGUAGAAACGUACACUAAGCUGAUAAACAAUGAGAAGAUAGAGUCUCCCACUAGACAGCUGGGGUCUGCUAGUGUCUCGGACAGUCAUGACACACCGAGGCAUUGCCACUCAGUCAAGACACUGUUGGCAGAUCAGAUAACGGAGUGCUACUUGUCUCUGCAAGACUGGACUCAGUUAGCCAGAUGGAAGGCUAUGGAGGCCGAUAUCAUGAGUAAUCAAAACGGAGGAACAUCACCUCGAUAUAAAUAUCUGACUUCAAAAGACACUGAAGCCUACCUAGAGUUCGACAGAGAAGAUUAUACAGCUGCUAGCGAGUUGUUGGAAUGGUCGACAGAAGCAGACAACAAGACGCCGAUGUGGGACUGUUAUCAGCUGUUGGGAAACACCAAACGCAAGUUGGCCAACAUUGCCAUCAAGUCCGUGGCCAGUGGCAUGAUAGAGGAGAGUAAUAAGGAGAUGUUACAAGAGUGUCAGGCUGCUGCACACUGCUACCUGGUGGAGGGACUGAGAAACACUCCGUCGGAGGUGGUGCAAGAGGCGGCCAUCUUGGAGUUUGCAGCCAACGCCUUGCUGGGCAAGAGUGACGUACUGAUAGACUAUCAAGUUGAUGAUAUUAUCGGUUGCACCAAAGGUGAUGUUGACAGUCAGCUGUUGUCUCGUAUCUUGUGGUGGGGUCAGGUGUUGGAGAAGCUGCAGAUCACUACACAGCCUUCGCCUCAGCUGAGCCUACAGGCUGCAAAGCUUGCUCGCAAGGAGGGAAAUCUAAAGCUGUCUCUACGCCAACUGUCACAUCACUUGAACCAAAUCCUACACCAAGACAACGGACACAGGACUACUCUUGUGUUGACGGAAGAUAUUCUCGGAGACAUGGACAAAUCUGCCGUGCCUUGGACUUUGCCUCAUGCUCAGGCAUUUACCGAAGUUUCAAAACUCCUUUAUAGUGUGGGACAGCACCAGCUGGCUGUGGAGGUGGGUGUCAAGACAUGUCUGAGACUGGUGCAGUGUGAGCAGAUGGAGGUGAAGGACAAAUGUGCCAGACUGUUGCUGACUCUGGCUACCUGGCUGCCCUCACUGGACCCUGCAGUGGUGCCAGUCAUCACUGAACCUCUGGCUGAUUGGCACAGAGACGUGGACUUGUCUCACAUGCCCAGCCUAUUAGACAUACAAGAUUUCAACGUGGAGGGUGACUCAGUAGGCUUGGUCCUGCAGCUAGCAGUGUCUCAUUGUCAGGGUCUAGCCAAGGCGUGGACGUCGCUGGCUAACUGGGCUUACCGCUGGGGUCGUAAGGUCACAGAUCAGGUGUUCACCCCUGCUGACAGAGAGGUCAUUGACACCCUGAUACCCGAGGGGGUUGACAGAGAGAAGGUGUACAACGUAUUGACCCACCACGCUCCACCUGUAGAUGAUGAUGACAUCGAGAUGGAGAAUCUCAACGUGAGUGACAUGGUAGAGUGGCAGCUGCAGAGUUUUGGUAGUUUCUCAUCUGACCAGCUGACCAGUCUGGUGGAGAUGUGGCGCAAGUCUCACGCCCGCACUUACAACUUCUACCAGCUCUCCGCUCAUUCGUACUUCAAGUACCUGCAGCUCUGCCGGGACCCUCAGGAGGACAGCCAUGCCAUCACUGCCACGCUGAGGCUGCUGAGGCUCAUAGUGAAGCAUGCCCAGGAGUUACAGGGUGUACUGGAGGUGGGACUGGCCAACACACCAGCCUCACCGUGGGUCUGCAUCAUACCACAACUCUUCUCUCGUCUCAGCCACCCACAGCCGUAUGUUCGUCGCCGCGUGUCUGAACUGUUAUGUCGGCUUGCUGAAGACAAACCUCACCUCAUCAUCUUCCCCUCAGUUGUGGGCAGUGACUCUGGUGCUGCAACUAUAAGAGAUAUGCCGCAUACCAAGUUGUUCAGCACUGGCAAGAGAGUGGCCGUGGAGGAUCUGGACAUUGUGGAGGAUGAGGACGAGGAGAUAGAGGAGGACGAAGAUGAAAGUCACAAUGGAGAAGAGACUCAGGCCAUGGAGAAUUGUUUUCAAGCAAUGGUUGACAUCCUGGCUAAACAGAACUGCGAGGCGAUCACACAGGUGCAAGUGUUUGUGAGAGAGUUGCGCCGGAUCACUCUUUUGUGGGACGAGCUGUGGCUGGGCACUCUGGCGCAGCACCACAGCGACAUGUCCCGGCGUAUCACUUGUCUGGAGCAGGAGGUGGCCAGAGUGGACGACAACCCGGACCUGACGCCGGCUGACAAGGACCGGCUGGUGGCGGAGAAACAUCGGAUUGUGUUGAAACCGUUACUUUUUGUCCUGGAGCAGUUGCAUGCCAUUACAUCUGUGCCUGCGGAAACACCUCACGAGAUAUGGUUUCAAGAGAAAUUUGGUGGCAACAUAACGGAAGUGCUAGAGAAGCUUCAAAGCCCAGCUGAUCCGAGGAAGCCAGGAGAUGUGUGGUCGGCUCUGAAGGAGCUGCAUAUGAAACUGCAACAACGGGUGACCAAACGGUCGUCGUACUCUCUACGUAUGCGGGAGAUCAGUCCCACUCUGGCGGAGAUGAAGGACACGCAGAUCUGUAUGCCAGGAAUGCGCAGCAAGCUGACCAUAGCUGCUAUACAGGACCACAUAGCUGUGCUGCCUACCAAGACCAAGCCCAAGAAACUGGUGUUCCAAGGCUCUGACGGAAAGUCGUAUACCUACCUGUUCAAAGGACUAGAGGACUUGCACCUGGACGAGCGUAUCAUGCAGUUCCUCAGUAUUGCCAACACGAUGCUGCGAGGUACUGAGCCAGGGCUGCAGGCUCGCCACUACGCCGUGAUACCUCUGGGUCUGCGCAGUGGACUGAUCAGCUGGGUACAAGGUGUCACUCCUCUCUUCUCACUGUACAAACGUUGGCAGCAGCGACAAGCUAGCAUCACUCAGAGCACUGUUAUGAGGCCCUCAGAACUAUUCUAUGCCAAGCUGACUCCGCUGCUGAAGGACAGUGACACUAAGCCUGAGAAUCGCAACAGCUGGCCACUGGCUGUCCUCAAACAAGUGCUUACAGAACUGAUGCAGGAAACUCCCACUUACCUCCUGUCCAGAGAGCUAUGGUGUGACAGUGUCAAUGCCGGGGGCUGGUGGCAAAGCACCAAGUUGUAUUCUACAUCGUUGGCCGUCAUGUCCAUCAUCGGCUACAUCAUCGGACUGGGUGACAGACAUCUGGACAACGUCCUCGUGGAUCUCACCACUGGCCAGGUUGUUCACAUUGACUACAACGUGUGUUUUGAAAAAGGCAAGAGCCUACGAGUGCCAGAGAAGGUUCCGUUCCGCCUCACUCCCAACUUACGAGCAGCUCUGGGAGUUACUGGAGUUGAGGGUAUUUUCCGUUUGACGUGUGAACAUGUUUUGAAAGUUAUGAAGAAAGGACGGGAAACAGUUCUGACUCUGCUUGAAGCAUUUGUUUACGACCCUUUGAUUGACUGGACACCCGGAAGUGAAACUGGAUAUACAGGGGCUGUGUAUGGCGGAGGACGAGCGGUAGCGCUGGAGACCAAGCAGAGCCGCAAACAGCUGGAGCGAGAAGUCACUGUGGACAUGUUGGCUGUGAGAUUGACGGAGAUCAGGCAUGAGUGGCUGGACAACAGAGAUAAACUGGUGGUAGAACUGCCUGACUUGGGUGGAACCUUGGAGAAAUGGAUGAAUUCUUCAGACAGACUGAAGAGAACAGAGGAAGCAUUGCAGGAGAGACAUCAACAGAUAGCACUGGUGAAGGAGGCAGAGGCGCAUCCCCAGCAUGCAUUGUACACACUGGCUGUGAGAUACGCAUCUAACUGUGCGGCCACAGAGGCCAGCAACAAGGCGCGGGCAGCACUGCAGGCCAGACUAGACGAGAGUGCUCGUAGCAUCCAGCAGUAUAAGAUGGCGUUGUACUACUUCUAUGGACCGCAGAUGGCUCAGUGGUUAGCAGAGGUGAACUCUCGCACAAAGGUGGAUACAUACCUCGUGUUCGACCUUAUCAAGGAGUUCCUGCAGAAUGCCGGCCAGGGACAGAUGGUGUUGCAGUGUAUCCAGUCAGAGAAGGAGUUGUGUGAGUUGUGUCUGCAGCAGACUCAGCUGACGCGUACAUGUCUGGACCUGCUAGAACAGUACGCUGCUGUGGUCAGGUAUUUCCCCAUGUCUCAUGUCAACCAUCACCGCACCUCCUUGUACCAUCGCUGGGCCUCCACUUUGCUGGACAACUUCUCCUUAGACAGCUGUGAGCUGGUGAUUGCGGAGGCCAAGGUGUGUUUAGCCCCGCCGCAGCUGGCCAAGGCCCCGCUGGUGGUCAGCUACAAUCUGGCAUUGCAGCGGCUGUUGGCAGAGGCACGGGCGGGGGUAGGCAAACAACUGGAGAGAGCUCCUCCCGCCACUGUGAUAGACCCUCCCCUGCCUGACAGUGUUUCUCCUAAAGCACUGCGCUGCAUUGUCGUCACGGCGCUGAGCAACCUCAACAAGCGGUUCUUGAUGCUGGAGCAUGCUGCGAAUAGUGCAAUGGAGUGUUUGGUGGACUUGACGUCACAGAAAGGUGAAUGGUUUUUUGAUGAAAUGUGUAUGACAGUCAGCAUCAUGACAAAGCUGUUGUCAUUGCUACCACCUGCUGAGAACGAUUCUCCGCUGCAAGCUGCCGUCAAGUGCCUCAAUGCUGCUCACAACCAGUACAAGACAUUACAGGAAUUGAAUCUGAACUUCACUUCUAUCAUCUUGCCAGAGGCUAUCCAGAAGAUCCACAUGGAAGACCCGAGUGUGUUGGCAAUGGUUGGAGAGCUGGAGGCUAUCAUAGCCUCGGUACAUGUACCACUGGAGGAGCUGGUAGCUCAGUUGCAGGCACACUUGCAUAACGUCAUCAUGGGAAUGGAGUCUCCUCAUGCAGCCAGCCAGGAGGUGGCCAGACAGCUGCAGGCCGCAGUAGACACUCUGGUGGUACAGACAGCCGACCCCCUCACCCCAGGACAGAUGUUGUUCAUGGGCUUCAACGGACUGUUUGUCAACCUCAGCUUGGCCAGCAGCAGUAUGGUGUCAGCCCAGACAGCUCUCAACACACCCACCGUGUGGAAGAAGAUUGACCAACUCAGGGACGCCAAGAUACUCUCUGCUCGAGUACAGGAGCCAGCACCACGGGCUGUGCUGGACAGUAUAUUCCUGGUGAAGAGGUUGCAAGCCAUGCAGGAGCUGUUCAGCAUGUGUCAUGCCAAUGUGGAGGCAUUCAAAGGCCAAGGAGUGACACUACCCUGUGAUGACGACCGGUUCCAUCGGCCAAUCAGAUGCUUCACGGCAGACUACGUCAGCUGUCAGCUGCUCGGACUGUUCUCUCACACACUGGCCAUCACCGUGUGUCACUUGCUGCAGCAGAUUGGACUCAACGUUACAGGAGAGGUGGAGCAGAGAGAGGUGGGAGCUGAGAGUCGAGUUCCACUGGAAGAUUUGUGUAGAUUGGCCAUAGACCAGUGUUUACGUCAAGGAGAGGUAUCAUCAACAUCGCUGAGUCAGGCGAGUGGCGCAGUGCAGGGUGCGGAGACCAGUGUCAGGGCGGCUCUGGCUGGUGUCCGGCGCACGCAGGACCUGGCGCGGGCUGAGGCGGCUGUGCUACGUACACAGAACCAGCUGACUGCGCACUGCUGGCUACACGAGGACCUACUGGCUGCGGCACAGGUGGCACCCCCUCCUCCAGCAUUGAACCGGCAGGCGCUAAUGUUAGAGCUGCGCAAGAUGUGCGCCGGGCUGCUGGCCACUCAUCCUCGACUGGUGGAGGCUCUUGAGCAGCAGACUACUCUGGUGGCGAGCGCCGAGCAACGACUCAAGUGGGCGGCCGGCGCAAACCCAGCCCUUGCUGAGGUGAUGUGCGCUUUUGAGACGGCAGUGAACAACAACAACGAGCAGCUGCUGAUGGAACAGAGACUAGCGAACCUGGUGGCAGGAAUAUGCAACUCUGUGUUACACUACGAAGCCCUUAGAACUCACACGACCGAUGCAAUCAACAGCGAUGCUGCGUUCAUACAGCUGGUGGACGCCUCGAAGCAGAGUUGUCUGUUGUACCAGAGUCUCAACACACAACUGUCACCUGUAGAGGAGAGUCUGGUCAAACUGUGUCCACCAGACACUCAGAUAGACUGGACCUGGAUUGCCAAAGCUGAAUCACUUAUAUCUGACUCGGUAAAAUCACUGAUGAAGCAAAUAGAGCCGCACAAGAUAGACCUGUUUGCGGCUUGUGAUGCCAUCAAGAGCAAGGCCAUCACGGUGCGCUCGCUGCUGAGCACUCAGUUCCGCAUAAUGGGUGACGUGCGCUCACUGCUCAAGACUAUGGUCAAGUUUGAGGAGCCGGGAGUCGCAGAGUAUCUCACACGGUACAGAGCCUACACAGAACGUCUCACAACUCUCAUCAAAACCAUCAUCACCAUGGAGGAGUUCACUCAUGAGAAAGCUCAACACUUGCUGCAGGAGAUCGCUGUCAUCCAGGAAGAAACACCUGGUAUAUACGAGGAGAUGCUAAGGCUGGGAAAGGAGAGGGAGGGGGAAAGUAAGAGCAGCAACAAACGACCUCCUUUGGUGAGACAAGACAGUGUGUGUGUGUCACCAAGGAGAGAUCCACAAACUGGCAAAGCUGUACAAGAAAGGAAUGCAUACGCAGUGAGUGUGUGGCGCCGGGUAUGUUGGAAACUUGAGGGCAAAGAUCCAGACCCUGCACACAAACACACUGUGCAAGAACAGGUUGAUUGGGCUAUCAACGAGGCGACGAGUCUUGACAAUCUUGCACUUCUGUACGAAGGCUGGACUCCAUGGGUUUGAAGCAGCAACACCAUUGCCAUCCUGUGAGGAUAUUCAACAAACUCCCGUAAGGGUAAAGAAAGAUAGAGAGGAAGCGGAACGCCCGAGUCCCUCUCGCCGGUGGGGAAGACCCCGUACCUCCCCUUCUAUUGGAUACGUCGUUUUACUUUCCACUUCAAUAUUGAUAUCGUUGUUUUGCCCCGGAUCCCGACCAUACAGGGACCGGCCUUGAUGUAACGAUUCCUUGUUGAUUUUUGAAGAAUAAGAAUGGUCUACCUCUCUAUCAAAGUAGACUUGGAAAUGAACGUUCGGCCCUGAUGUAUGAAAUUGUAAAUUUGUUUUGUGUUUGUAGGUUUUAAAUUUUUGUUGUAAAUGUCUGUGAAAUAGUUGAGUUUUCUAUCAGCACAGAAGCCUGUCUGACCUUGAGCUACACAUGCAGAGGAACAUUGACUCUUCAAGAAAUCUUGAACCUUAUGUUCAGAAACUAGGUAUUAAUGACAUAUUUAAUUUAUAAUGCAAGCAAGAUAAAAUAAAUUUUAAUAUUUUUGAAUUACGUCAACUAUGUUUAGUAAGGGUUUUAGUCAGAUCUGUUUAAAGUUGAUCCUAGAAUCUUUUACUAAGCAGCUUAUUUCUCACUGUAUUACGUAUGGUUUACUGUCUAAGGUUUGGAUCAUAAAGUGAGCUGGGCUAGACAGAAGUGACAUGAUUGCAGUUUUCAACUGAUCUCUUGAAAAAAUAAAUAUUUAAAACUACAAUUACGUCACUUUGAUGUCUGUCAGGCACACCUCUUUUUUUGUUCUUUAACUAAGACAACCUACAAGAAUAGAGUUACCUACAUUUUUAAUAUCCGCUGAUGCACAAAAGUUGCCAAAUACUUAACUGAAAAUCCCUUAUUAGUAAUUACAGUUUAGGUACUACUUCUGACCCAGUGGCUACUCUUGCAAAAUGCUACAUUUGUUAGUAGUUUAAUAAACAGUUUCCACAGUAAUUAAUUAGUACUGAUUUUAAUAAAACAGCAUGCUUUCUGGCCUAAAUAGUUUUAACCUCUUUACUUAUAUUUAUAUUAAAAAUACAGGUUCAACUAAACUUUUUCUCUUCCAAACUCAGAUUAACCUUAGAUUUUGGCUUGUAAUCGUGGUUCUGCAUUGUUUAGUUCAUACAACUAAAUGCACUUUUAUGAAGUGAAUCAGGUUUUUUAGAAAUUUGACUUAUUUGAUUUCUGAAAACAGUUUUUACUGUCACAUUCUUGAGCUCUAAAUAGGCUGUUUAUUCUUCUUACCUAUCCCAUAUCAGAUACCUAAGUGAUUACUUCAGAUAAGUGAUUUGAUCUUAAAUGAAUAAGGAUAGUAGUUUAGUAACUGUGUGACAAACCUUUUUCAAACAAAAAAAGAUUUAAAAAUUAAUUUUUAAGCUAUCAUAGUAAAUAUUUGAUAGUUUUCGUUAACUUUUACAAAUAUGACAGUUUUGGAGUUAUUCACUAUUUUUUUCUAAUAAUAGUACCGAUUCUAUAUUUUAGUAAUAAUAACAAAGAUAUGUUGGUAAAAAAUUAACCAUCGAAGGUGGCUUCAUUAAGUACAAAAAACAAAUAACCUCUCAUUAAUCCAGACUAAUUUAGAGAAGCAUGUUCUUAAGAGUCCUUGGAGCCUAGACGUUUUCUCGUAAUGCAAUUUAAAAACUAGGCUACAAAGAAAAUUUCUAAUCCCACAGUUUACUAGAUAUUUAAAUUACAAUCACUCAGGUGUUUGAAAAAAUAUUUUGAGAUGGUAAAUGACUUUUCAGCGGCUGUUUAAAAUUAAAAAUUAACAUUGCUCUAACGACGACCAAAUCCAAGAUGGCCGUUAGCUUCCAUAGACUCCCUUGGGGAACAUUCAAAACUACAUGGAUCUAAUCUCACAGUUUACUAGAUAUUUAAAUUAUAAUCUCUUAGUUGUUUGGAAAUCUAUUUUUGGACGAUAAAUAACUCUUCAGCAGCGGUUUAAAAUCAUCUAAGAUGGCCACUAGCCUCCAAGGACUCUUAAACUUGAAAUCAAUGAAAUCCCUAUAAACUACUGUCUGGAUUAACAAGGGUUUACUGUUUUAGCUAUAUAUUGUGAGAAAAUUUGAAGACAGUUUAAAAAUCACAGCGUAGAUUUUUCUACAAAAAUUUAUUUUUAUUUUGUUUCUUGUUACAAGUGGUUCUGUUUGCAUUUAAAAAUCAAUUGAAGGUCAAAUAUAUUUGGUCAGGUGGACUAGAUAAUAAAUUCAUCUUUCUAUACGUUAGGUUCACACUAGAACCAAUUGAGUGAUUUCAAAUACACCAGUUUCUAGUCAAUUGUUCCUGCAUGUUAAAUUUUCCCUCAAACUGAUGGGUUUUAGGGUAUCACCAACAUCGAUACUUACAAUUAUCAUGUUUUUACAUGUUGACUGUUUGAUUAAAAGUUGUGUUUUUUGUUUUCUGAAGAGACUAGUGUAUUUACAGACAUUUUUGAUGUUAAGGGAGAUAGUUUGGAGUUGAGAAUUUCCAGCAUAGUUUUACGUCAGGGCCUUGAUGAAUGAGAUUAUAAUAUUUAGUGAAUAUAUUGAAGUUGGGCUAAAGGAACGACCCCAAUAAGAAGUGUAACAGUUUAUAUUGCUGUAAAGUCAUCAUAAUAUUGGCAUUUAACUAAAAGUCAAAGUGUGACUUUAUAAGCCUUGUCAUUGACAAAUUGUUAUGUUAAAUGUGUAUUCUUGACAUGUUUUAAUCAAACAAUAUUUUACUUUUUAGUUUACUUUUACUCUCUUGUUUCUUAUAUUUUCUCCACUGAGGUUAAAUUAAAUUAAAGAUACUUAAGUUAAUUUGUCUAUGUUUACGUAGAAUAAAUAUUUAUUAUAAAUAGCUCAUUACUAUUUGGUUGAAUGUUUAAAGCAACAGUCUUAAAUUAUUCAAUAGUUUAAAUAUUAUUUGUGGUUUAAGAAAAGACCAGUGGAGAAACCACAUAGACUAAUACUGUACUUUAUUUAUCUUCUUCUUAGUUUAUGUGUCCUGCAUAUCAAUAAUUUGAGGAAAUAAAUUAUCCUCAAGUAUAAUUGUUUUUGAUUUGAAAAUUAUUUGAAGACCAAAAAAACAUAAUAUUUAUAAAAUUAAUAUUGUGAUUAAAAUAAAAAUUUUAUUUUAUUAAUAUGACUGAGUAAAAAACUACUUUUUAAAUUAUAUUUUUUUUCUUUUGCUGUGAACUAUUUUUAAUAUAGUUUUUAAAAUCUUUUACCAUAGUUUGGCCGCUUAGAAAGCGACCUGCGUGCUAAUGCUAACCAAUGCUAGAGGAGGUUGCUUUCUAAGCGGCCGAACUAUAGUACUCUGUUUUUGACAUCUUACUUUAUAAAAUAAUUGUAUAAAUUACAUUAAUAUUCAGCCAAGAUAAAAAUAAAUUUUCCUUGUCAGCAACCAAUUGCUGAUUGGCAAGGACAACAAUAUCCAUUGAUAAAUAAAUAUAAUAAUGGAUUGUUCUAGAAAACAACAAAGAUAAAAUGUGCGACUUAUGCAGUUUUAUGAUGUGCCAUGUUUCUCUGAUAAAUAAUUAUUAAUCUUUACAGCACAUUUAUUUGUAUUAAAUUUAACAACCAUAUAGCAACGGCUACAGAUUCUAUGUAUUCAAUGUAGUUUUUGUAAAGUCAGUGUCUUAUAAAUAAAAUUUGAUUUGAGUUUCUUUAAAAAAUAUAAUUAUAAUUUUCACUCGUACUGUUCUCCACUCUUCAAUCUAAUAAUUUAAAGGAUUAUUUGAGUGGAUAGUAUACUAUUUCAUCUAGCGAUAGUUAAUCUUUGGUUAUUCAAUUUAACUAUUAAAAAAAAUUUGUAAUGUAAUUUUUUAGGUCGAUUAAAUUUAUAAUUUAUUAUUGAUAAUUUUCAUUAGUGGUUUUGUGACAUAUCAUUUUUCAAUGCCAGCAUUACUUUCUGAUCAAUUCAGAAAGACAAUUUCAGUAUUUAACAUUGGUUUCUUUACAUGUUAAAAUAAAAUAGUUUAUUCCAGAGUUUUUACACAAAUUGUCUGGUACUAAUGAUAAUGCAUUUUGAGAAAAUGUUGGUUAGCAUGUUGUUUUUACACUUGGUUUAGACUGAGCAUUGUCCUCAAUAUAUCAAAAAAAGUUGGUCACCAGACAUUUUACAUAACUUAGAUUACAUUCGUGUUACUUUCCCCUGAUAAUGAGACAGUAAUAAUGCAUAAGAAAUUCAGUGAAGGGGAUGCUAAUAGUUUGUUUUGGCACUUUGAAACAUAAUAUUUUUGAGGUAAUCUUGUAGUGUUUGAACUACCUAAAAUAUCAAAGAACCUGCAGAUAUUGAUCGAGCGCAUUCGAUAAUCAUGUUUAAGUAAUAGAAGGGAACUUUGAUAGCCUUGUAUCUUCUUGUUAUUUGCUAUAAAAAAUUGUUAGUAGAAUUAUGUUUUGUUGUCCGAUUUUUAUUAAAUCUGUUAAGUGUUAAGUACUGCAUUAUACUGUUAUGAAGAGCAUUCUUAUUUAUUAUUAGUGAUAAACAAUAUUUUAUUGUUUAGUAAAAUUUUUACUGUGGUUCAAUUAUUAGGAUAGUACUGCGGAUUGGCGCAUUGAACAAUGCAUUAACAUAAAUAACACUAUUAAAUCACAAUAUUUCAAAACCUAUUUCACUACCAAUUUUAUACAGUUUACCCUUGAACUUUCUUUUCAUAGUAGAUUUUUACAAUUUAUUAAAAAUAAUUAUAAAUUGAAUUCUGUAUCUACUUAAAAUUUCAAACAACAAAUUAGAUGGAAACGUUCCGGGUGCUUUUUAAAAUGUUAUUGGUUGACAUCCAUUUAUUUGAACUACAGUAAAAAUUAUUACUUCUCUUCAUUGUUUUUCCUACAGUUACCUAACAAUGUACAUGUUCUCCCACUGAUUUGAGGAAGCAAAGUGGCCAAUUCGCUCAUCAGUGGGACAAUGUUAACAUUGUCUCACUCCAGAUUUGCAACGUGAAGUCACGAAAUAGUGAGCAACAUGCAGGCAACGUAUGCGCGUGAAAUACGUUGGCAGCACUGGCUGUAAAUCAGCUGGUCAGCUGUUGUACUGUUGUAUUUGUCACUUCACAUUAAAUGUUAUAUUAAAAGUUCACUUCUGUGUAAAAAUAGGUUAUGUUUCUUCAGCAAUUUAUUUGUUUUAUGGUAACUGUAGGAAAAGAAUAAUGUGCAACUCGAGUUCAAAGUACAAUUGCCUCACUCGAGAAACCAUUCCUCACUCGCCUACGGCUCGAGUAAGGAUUUCUCUCGAGUGAGUCAAUUGCUCACUUUUCUCACUAGUUGCACAAAUAACUAUUUUUAACAUUUCAAAAUUUGAAAUUUCUAAAAGAACUUGUUUACACAGGCCUUAACAAUCAAUUAACAAUUUGUUUAUUCUUAGUUGCGGAAAGUAUACAUCAUAUGGUUACUGUUAGAAAACACAUCAGUAUCUGUAGGUUCAAUACUCAUAAUACUCAUUUUAUUAUCUUCAUUGACACUUUGUUUUAGAUGUGUAGUUGUAAUGUAGAUGUUUUAAGGGUUGUUUUACAGUGUUUCUGUCAACAUAAAUGGCUUUAACUGUUAGAGCAUCUUUUAUUUUUUCUGGAAAUAAAAUCUGUGUGUUUCAA